AGCGUUUGGAUGGUUUUCAGCCACUCACCAUACAGGUGCGCUCGGACAUUGGCGUUUUAACUGUUUGAAGCAAACAGUGCGUAUUUAAUUUACCUUCUUUAUGUGUUAAGUAAGACUUCAUGGCGACCUCUCAUGUCUUCACGUAAGACUAACUGGGACACGAAGGCGCUCAAACACGACGGAGCAACAAACUGGCGAAUCAGACCAACGGCACUGAAGAAGCGACGGAUUUGUUUUCUGCGUUCAUGAAGACAGUUUUUUUUCUUGCGUCGAGGGAUUAACACUUGUGAAGAUUCGGGUUCAUUGGAAUAUUUUUCUGUUUUUUUUCUCUCCCCUUUUAGUGAUUUUCGACCAGUAAAAUGUAGCCUCUGCCUGCCAGAUGUGAGGGACCACAUCUGCAACCUACAGCAAACACCCCCGUCUGUCUACCUGUUCCUCAGGAAAAAAAAAAACCCGCUGCUGCAGCUCCUCAACAUCUGCCAGCUCACAUCCGAGAGGCUUCAAGGAUUAGGCAGCCAGCUUCAUGACAGACCUUAGAGACCAUGACUGCUUGCUUGAAAGCAGAUCACUAAAGUCUCCCAUUUAACUGUUUUUCCCCCCACCAGUGGCACUGAUAAUUAUGACGAUGAUCAGGAUCCUGGGUGACAUUUGACAGACAGGUGGUUUUCGGUUAGGCCUGCAAAGGGACGAUGGCCCGCCUGGGACCAGGCUUGAUGCUACCUGUUAAUGGUCUGGGCUACCCUCCUCAAAACCUGGCCAGAGUAGUGGUCUGGGAAUGGCUGAAUGAACAUGGCCGCUGGAGGCCCUACGGUGCGGCGGUUUGCCACCACAUUGAGAACAUCCUGAAGGGGGAUGCCCGCGGAACCGUGGUUCUGGGCCAGGUGGAUGGUCAGCUCUCCCCUUACAUCGUUGAUUUGCAGUCCAUGCAUCAGUUUCGUCAGGAUACAGGCACCAUGAGACCAGUACAGAGGAACUUCUAUGAACCGUCGUCUGCUCCAGGGAAAGGCGUCAUAUGGGAGUGGGAGAACGACAAUGGUUCUUGGACACCAUAUGACAUGGAGAUCUGUGUGACCAUCCAGAACGCCUAUGAAAAGCAACACCCCUGGUUGGAUCUGACCUCUCUGGGCUUCUCCUACCUCAUUGACUUUAACAGCAUGUCUCAAACAAACAAGCAGAGCCAGCGCAAACGGCGCCUCCGCAGGCGCAUGGAUCUCGCUUACCCGCUUAUCAUGGGUUCCAUUCCCAAAUCACAGUCCUGGCCUGUAGGAACCAGCUCUGGCCAGCCGUGCUCCUGCCAGCAAUGCAUCCUGGUAAACAGUACAAGAGCUGCGUCAAAUGCAAUCCUUGCCUCUCAGCGACGGAAGCUCCACGGUGGGGCAGCAGGCAAUACCGGGGCGACAGGAACCCUGACUGCAGUGCGACAGAGUAACACCUUUGCUGGAACGUCCCUCUGGUCUCCAAACUCUUCUGGAACCAAUGAUAUCAGUGCAGGAGGUGGACAAACCAAAGGUGAACAGUUGCAGGUACCACUGUCCCCGGCCAACUUCCCGUGUUCCCCUGUAAUGUCAUCCCAUGGCCACGCCAACACCCUCACCAUCAAUGGACAAAACAACCUGAACCGACCAGGCACCCAGCGCAUCUCUAUGACCACUCCCAGAGGAACCAUCCCACCAGGGGUUCCUGCUCUUCCAGUCAAGAACCUGACUGGAUCUGGACCAGUGCACCCAGCACUAGCAGGUAUGACCGGUAUCCUGAUGUGCGCUGUAGGUCUGCCUGUUUGCCUGACUCGAGCACCAAAGCCCAUUCUGCACCCACCGGCCAUCAGCAAGAGCGAUAUGAAGCCUGUGCCGGGGAUCAACGGCAUGCGACGCAAGACAAAGAAAAAGCAUCUGAGGAGAGGGAAAACCCCAGAGGAUGUGGUCAGAAGAUACACUGAGAAAAUUAAAGUGGUGCCAGACGAGGACUGUACCAUCUGCAUGGAGAGGCUGGUCACGGCAUCAGGCUAUGAAGGCGUCCUACAGCACAAAGGCAUCAAGCCAGAGCUGGUGGGCAAACUUGGCAAGUGCGGCCAUAUGUACCAUCUGCUGUGCCUGGUGGCCAUGUACAACAAUGGCAAUAAGGAUGGCAGUCUUCAGUGCCCGACAUGCAAGACCAUCUAUGGUGAGAAAACAGGCACUCAGCCUCCUGGGAAGAUGGAGUACCACGUCAUCCCCCACUGCCUGCCCGGUUACCCAGACUCCAAGACUAUCCGAAUCGUCUAUGACAUUCCUGCUGGUGUCCAGACCAAUGAGCACCCCAACCCUGGGAAGAAGUUCAGCGCAAGAGGUUUUCCCCGACAGUGUUACCUGCCAGACAACGAAAAGGGCAGGAAGGUCCUCAAGCUGCUGAUCACGGCCUGGGACCGACGCCUCAUCUUCACCAUCGGGACGUCCAGCACCACAGGAGAAACCGACACCGUGGUGUGGAAUGAGAUCCACCACAAGACUGAAUUUGGCUCCAACCUGACAGGCCACGGCUACCCCGACCCCAACUACCUGGACAACGUCCUGACAGAGCUGUCAGCCCAGGGAGUUGGCGAGGCAAACCUGAAGGACUGAAAAGGUUCCUAAGCAGCUGGUUUUAUCAGGAACACAACCUAUCAUGGUAAACGCUACACUUUAUGACACCUCGUCGAAGUGGCGGCACACAAUUACAUCGCUCAACCUUUUUGUUGUCAUUAUCUUUAGCGUCACGUCUGGAGCACGCUGCGGCACAUGCUCAGUGUAUGUCUUGAUGCCAGCAAAUGUGCCAUCGGUGGCUUUAAGAGUCUGACGUGGUGGCGUAUUGAGCCCCGACUUUAAUGGCGCCAGCAAAACUACAUAAUGAAUGUUGAGUGAAUUGCUGCAAUAAGAUGAGGUGCCAAUGAAGCUUUUCUCACUUGAAACUCUUUUUUUUUUGUUCCCCCUCAAAAAUCUUAUAUUCUAACACAUGGUGAGAAUUUUCUGUACAUUUUUGAUGGAGAGGUGUUGGGCUUUUGUUUUUAGGAAUAAACCCGAGUAGAGGUUUUUUUCCCCCCCCAUCUCAGUGAUAAGGGCUAAACAAAAGUGUAGUGCAUGUACGGGACAAAGGCUGUAAAAUGGUGAUAUUUUCUAAAGUGUACGUCACGGCGAGUCUACUGGCGGUCCGAGUUCAGUUCAAAACUCGGGAGACAAACAUUUUUGGAGCAAAUUCCUAAAAACACUAGAGUGCUCCCGUUGUACAGAGGAACUUGGACCAACGUCAACACAUUGGCAGAUCCUUGCGUUGUCAUUUUAACCUUCAAAGUAGAAGACUGGGGUCCAAACGUGUGAUUUACAUAACUGAGGCACCCCUUUAAGUUCUCUCCUUUUUUGGCAUUUUUUUUUUCCUAAUGUGAUUUAUGUAACUAAGGUGUUGCUGUAGCGUGUUUACUUCAGAUGCAGUCUGUAGUCAUUUGUACUAGUAGUGUUUCUCAAGGUUCCAUUUUAGGUCCUCUCUUUUUCAUCAUUUGGGCUAUUCGACUGGUGGCCCGGGAGUUCAGUUAAAAAAAACUAUUUUGCAGCAGAUUUUUAAGAAUACUAGAUGAUCUUUGACUUUUUUUUUUUUUUUGCCAGAAGGUCCUAAAAACAGCAGAGCACUCCUGUAACUGACAAAAUAGACACAAAUUAGAUGUCCACUGUAGAGGACGCUGGUUCGCUAGAACAGGGGUCCCCAAACUACGGCCCGUGGGAAGUACAAAGUUAAAAAACAAAAUUUAGUUUUGUUGUUUUUUGUUUUUUUGAUUAUUAUUUUUUUAAAUCUGUCCUUUCUAAUCCAUUUUCUACCGCUUGUUACUCUCGGUGUUUCCGAGCCACUCAGGCAAAUCAUAUUGUCUAAAAAUGCAUUUUCCCAUCGAUAACGUGACAUUAAUUUUAAAUAAUUUCAAAUUAAAAAAUUGUUUUUAUUAUUUAAAAUUAAUUUUAAAUAAAAAAUCUCCUGAAAAGCAGAAAAACCUGCAA